UGCUCGACCCCGCGAGGCGCGUCCCCGGCCCCUGCCUCGCGAGCCUUGCUGAAAGGAUUUGGCGCCAGGCGGGUCCUUCCUUCCUUGCUUGCUUCCUUCCUUCUCCGCAGCCCCCCAGGAAGGUGAUCCGGGCCAGCCGCCGACGUCCAGGCCGCACUCCGCUAGAGCCCCCGCCGCCCACGGAGAGGCCCCCGCCGCCAUCGCCAUGAGCAGCUCGCCGGUGAACGUGAAGAAGCUGAAGGUGUCGGAGCUCCGCGAGGAGCUGAAGAAGCGGCGCCUCUCCGACAAAGGCCUCAAGGCCGACCUGAUGGAGCGGCUCCAGACGGCGCUGGACCGCGAGGAGGCCGGCGGCGGAGGCCUGGCCGAGCCGGGCAACGGCAACGCCGAGGAGGAGGAGGGCGGCGCGGCGGGCGGCGCCUCGGAGCAACUCCUGGCCCCGGCAGCAGGCGGCGGGCCCGGCCAGGCCGCGGCCUACGACGACGAGGAGGAGGAGGCCGAGUUCGGCGGCUGCGCGGAGGAGGAGGACGACGAGGAGGAGGGCAUGGAGGUGGGCGAGGAGAACGGCGAGCGGGCCGCCGCCCGGGAGGAGGACUUGGAGGAGGAGGACGAGGACGAGAACGGCGACGACCAGGGCUUCCAGGAGGGCGAGGACGAGGAGGACGAGGCCGCCUCAGCCGCCGCGCCGGCCGGCAGCGGGACCGGGGGCGGCAAUGCCAACGGCCACGGGGCCAAGGAGGCUCCCGGCGCCAAGGCAGCCGCGCCCGAGGCCUCCGCGGCUCCGGCGCCUUCGGCCCAGACCGGCGCGAAGCAGGCCUCGUCCGGGGCUCAGUCGCAAUCGCAGCCGGCGGCGCCGCCUCAGCAGCAGCAGGCCCAACAGCCCAAGCCCGGAGGGCCCGCGCCGCGUCCUGGGGAUAAUAAAGAGGCCAAAUCUGAGCAAAAAUCCGGAGAGAAAAAAAGGGGAGUGAAAAGGCCGCGCGAAGACCAUGGACGAGGUUACUUUGAGUAUAUUGAGGAGAAUAAAUACAGCAGGGCCAAAUCUCCGCAGCCACCAGUUGAAGAAGAGGAUGAACACUUUGAUGACACAGUGGUUUGUCUUGAUACUUACAACUGUGAUCUACACUUUAAAAUUUCAAGAGACCGUUUUAGUGCUUCCUCACUGACUAUGGAAAGCUUUGCCUUUCUUUGGGCUGGAGGAAGAGCAUCCUAUGGAGUUUCCAAAGGAAAAGUCUGUUUUGAGAUGAAGGUAACUGAAAAAAUCCCUGUCAAGCAUCUCUAUACAAAAGAUAUUGAUAUACAUGAAGUGAGAGUUGGCUGGUCGCUGGUCUCAAGUGGGAUGUUGCUUGGUGAGGAAGAACUUUCUUAUGGAUACUCCUUGAAAGGAAUAAAAGCAUGCAACUGUGAGAUGGAAGAUUUUGGUGAGAAAUUUGAUGAAAAUGAUGUGAUCGGAUGUUUUGCUAAUUUUGAUGGUGAUGAAGUGGAACUCUCUUACUCAAAGAAUGGACAAGAACUUGGAGUUGCUUUCAAGAUCAGUAAGGAAGUUCUCUCUGGACAGUCUCUUUUCCCACAUGUUCUCUGCCAUAAUUGCGCAGUUGAAUUCAACUUUGGCCAGAAAGAGGAGCCCUACUUCCCCAUACCAGAGGGGUACACUUUUAUCCAAAAUGUGCCCCUCGAUGAUAGAGUUAGAGGACCCAAGGGGCCAGAACACAAGAAAGAGUGUGAAGUAAUAAUGAUGAUUGGCUUACCUGGAGCUGGCAAGACUACAUGGGUCACCAAACAUGCUGCAGAAAAUCCUGGGAAGUACAACAUCCUUGGAACAAAUACUAUCAUGGAUAAAAUGAUGGUUGCAGGUUUUAAGCGGCAGAUGGCAGAUACUGGAAAACUUAACACACUGCUGCAGAGAGCCCCACAGUGUCUUGGCAAGUUCAUUGAAAUUGCAGCUCGUAAGAAACGGAACUUCAUUCUGGAUCAGACAAAUGUGUCUGCAGCUGCGCAGAGGAGAAAAAUGUGCCUGUUUGCAGGCUUCCAGCGCAAAGCAGUUGUUGUUUGCCCAAAAGAUGAAGACUACAAGCAAAGAACACAAAAGAAGGCAGAGGUGGAGGGAAAAGAUCUUCCAGAGCAUGCAGUGCUCAAAAUGAAAGGAAAUUUUACUCUGCCUGAGGUGUCAGAAUGCUUUGAUGAAAUCAACUACGUAGAGUUGCAAAAAGACGAGGCCCAGAAGCUUCUGGAGCAAUACAAGGAAGAAAGCAAGAAAGCCCUCCCUCCAGAAAAAAAGCAAAACACUGGCUCAAAGAAGAGUAAUAAAAAAAGUAAUAAAAACCAGUUUAACAGAGGUGGACAGAGAGGACGUGGUGGAUUUAACAUGCGUGGCAACUUCAGAGGAGGAGUCCCUGGAAAUCGUGGCGGAUACAAUAGAAGAGGUGGCAACAUGCCCCAGCGUGGAGGUGGUGGCAGUGGUGGGGCCAUAGGUUAUCCAUAUCCCCGUGGACCUGUUUUCCCAGCCAGAGGUGGUGGUGGAGGAGGCGGUGGCGGUUAUACAAACAGAGGAAAUUACAGCAGAGGUGGAAUGCCUAACAGAGGGAAUUACAACCAGAACUUCAGAGGAAGGGGAAACAAUCGUGGCUACAAAAACCAAUCUCAGGGCUACAACCAGUGGCAGCAGGGUCAAUUCUGGGAUCAGAAGCCAUGGAGUCAGCAUUAUCACCAAGGAUAUUAUUGAAUUCCCAAAUAAAAUGAACUGAUCCAUAUUUCUUCAAAACCUUCACAAGAAAUCGACUGUUUUCUUUAGUAGGCUAACUUUUUAAACAUUCCACAAGAGGAAGUGCCUGCAGGUUCCUUUUUUAGAAGCUUUGUGGGUUUUGAUUUUUUUUGUACAUUUUUAAUUGCAGUUUUAAAGUGAAUCUUAAGAGAACCUCAGCAUUGUGCACGAUAAGAGAAUGUGUCAGUAUUUCAGGGUUCUACAUUUUAUCUGUAAAAUGUGAUUUUUUUUACCACAACAAAAGUAAAAUGUUGCUUUGUAUCUGGUGUCCUCUUAUUAAAGGUUUUCUUUUCUCUUUUUUUCUCUUCCCCUCCCAAAUUUCUAAGAAACAGUCGUGAGUCAUUAAAACAGAACAGUCAGCAACCAGGCUUUUUUUUAGCCCCCCAUGAAUAUUAAUACUGUGUAAAUAAUGCUCAUUACACUCCAUCUUCCACUCCAUCCUCUCUAUGCAGUUUCUAGGUAUGGAAGAGGGAAAGAAAUCAGAGUAGUCUUUUGGCAAUAAACCGGGGUGUAUUUUUGAUUUUUUUUAAUUUGGCGAAUGGUUUUUGAGGGGGCAAAGCAAACCUAAAGCUAAAUAGUGAAGGUGGAGUGCAUGUAAAACCUGGUUGCAUUUGUCUGUAGAGACUCAACUUGUGAAGGUACACACCAUCAACUUUUUUCCAUUUGUUCUGCAUUUUUGAUUCUGAAAAAGCUGGCUCUGCCCAUUUCUUAUUAAACAAACUUGUUGUAAA